GUGAAAUUGUUCAUUUCAAUUCAAAUGGAGGAAAUUCUAAUUUAUUUGAAUUACGUUAAACAAUCUCUACGAAAUAUUAAGAAUUUUACCAAAGUACACAUAGUACUGGGAAACGAAUCUUGCGACAUAGAUUCCAGCGUUUCUUCGCUAGUUUUAGCCUAUUUCAUCUCUAAAAAGAUUUCGACGAAUUGCUUCUGUCCCUUAGCCGAAGGCUCCCUCGUAAUUCCAGUUCAAAAUGUUACUAAAGAAGACUUUUUGUGCAGAACCGAUAAUUGUUACCUGUACAAAGAAAUUAAUCUACCCUUAGAUCUUUUGAUCUACAAGGAUGAGUUGAAUAUGAAAGAACUAAUUUCAAGCGUAAACCUUACUACAACGUUGGUUGAUCAUCACGUGCUAUCUGAAGACGAUAAAUUCCUCAAAGAUACUGUUCUGCAAAUUUUCGAUCAUCGACCUAGAGAUAUUGGUUUCGAUUGGCCAGAAGACAAAGUGAGAGUAACAAUUCGAGAAGUGGGUUCUUGCAGUACAUUAAUAGCUGAUAAAAUAUUAUCAAUGGAGGAAGAUGCUUUGACGAAAGAUUUAGGUUUUUUAAUUUAUGCUGCUAUUGUAUUCGACACACAAGCCUUAUCGCCUAAAAGUGGUCGUGCAAAGGAACUCGAUCAUUACAUAGUUGGUAAAUUGGAAGAGAAAUUUCAAUUUUCCGAUGACCGGAAAACGCUGUUUGAUAUAUUGUGGAAAGCUCACAACGACAUAUCGCAGUUAACGCCUAGACAGAUACUUAUAAAAGAUCUGAAAAUCGUAGGAAACGUGGCAGUACCCGGUUUGCCGAUGCUGGUAGAAGAUUUUUUAAAGCUCGAUAAAUCUUACCAGCAGUUGAAAUCCUUUGCUGAAGAGUUCGAGGCUCCAGUUCUCGUUUUAGUAGGAUUAGAUGCCGCCGAAGGCAAUAUAAAAAGAGAUUUAGCUGUUUUAUUUAAAAAUGAGAGUAAUGAUGUGAAGGAAAAAUUACUAGAAAUGUUAAUUAAUAGUCAAAAAUAUAAGGGAUACGAUUUUCAAUUUAAAGAAGUGCCUUGUAAUUACGAGGAUAUUAAGUGUUAUAGGCAGGAAAACGUGAGUUUAUCUAGGAAGCAAGUUAUACCAAUUAUUAAAGAUUUCGUGAAUUCUAUCUGAUAUUUGGUGUUUGUGUUGAAAUUAUUUUUUCCUAUCAAAAGAAUCACCGAGAUCUUUUCUUUCAGCUUUCACUAAUGACUUAUUCUGUAGCCAAAAAGGUGAUGCUCCCUAAAAC